AUGGCUACGGCAACAGUCAUUCUAGUUUUGGCUUCAACCCUAAUCCUGUUGCAGAACACGUACGCCACAACAACUUAUACUGUAGGAGAUUUAUUUGGAUGGCAAAUCCCAACCAUUAAUCCCAAUUUAUACGGUGAUUGGGCCGACAACGAAACCUUUGUCGUCGGUGAUGUUCUUGUGUUCAAUUUCACUACAGGGCAACAUGAUGUUUUAGAGUUGACGGAACCUGGUUAUGACGCCUGCACCACGUCGGACACCAUCUUAACCGUGAACAAAGGACCGGCAAGAGUUACGCUUGCAAGUACCGGUGAGCAUUACUUUAUCUGUGCUUACCUUGGUCAUUGUUCCGCUGGCCAAAAGCUCAAGGUCGACGUACGAGAUGGUCGCAGUAAUACGCCGGCCGGAGUUCUUAGUCCUCCCGGCGCAGCUUCGUCCCUUGUUGCCACCAUGUCUCUUGUGUUUAUGAUCAUGGCCUUCGCUUUGAUGUCCUAAUUGUGUUAAUCCCUUUUCAUGUUCCUUUAGUUACGAUGGUGAUCAUGGAAUGAUAUUUGGCGUUGGAAUAAAAACUUUGAU